CUAGGUUCUGCCAUUUUGGCCCUUCUGUUAGCUGGAUAUUUGGCACAGCAAUAUUUGCCUUUACCCACUCCAAAAGUUAUUGGCAUAGAUCUUGGAACCACAUACUGUUCUGUUGGGGUGUUCCAUCCUGGUACAGGAGAAGUGAAAGUCAUCAUGGACGAUGGUGGUCACCAGAGUAUACCAAGCAUUGUGUCUUUUACAGAGAAGGAUAUAUAUGUGGGAUAUGAAGGCCUGGAGCUUGCAGAUUCCAAUCCUCAGAAUACCAUAUAUGAUGCCAAAAGAUUCAUUGGAAAAAUCUUUAGUCCUGAGGAGUUGGAGAAGGAGAGUGACAGGUAUCCAUUCAAGGUUCUGAACAACGAUGGUGAACCUGUGUAUUCAAUCAAAACCAAUGAAACCUUUACUGUCACCCCAGAGUACAUUGGAUCUCGGCUACUUUUAAAUCUAAAGAAGAUGGCAGAAAAAUACCUUGGUAUUCCUGUGUCUAAGGCUGUUAUUUCAGUUCCAGCUGAAUUUGAUGAAAGACAGCGCAACUAUACUGUAAAGGCAGCUAACAUGGCUGGCCUGGAUAUUUUGCGAGUCAUCAAUGAACCCACAGCUGCAGCAAUGGCGUAUGGGCUACAUAAAGUUGAUGUAUUCAAUGUCCUUGUGGUUGAUCUGGGAGGAGGAACGUUGGAUGUGUCUCUAUUAAAUAAACAAGGAGGAAUGUUCCUAACUCGAGCUAUGGCAGGUAACAAUAAGCUCGGAGGUCAGGACUUCAAUCAGAGACUACUGCAGUACCUAUAUAAUAAUAUUUAUACUACCUAUGGAUCACUGCCGUCUCUUAAAGAAGAAAUCCACAGACUCAGACAGUCUGUGGAAGCUGUCAAGCUUAACCUCACAUUGUAUAAUUCCUCAUGGGUCCAUAUGCCUUUAACAUUACCUGCACAUCGCUCAUCGGAACCAGGGAAGAAGGGCAAAGAAAGAACCCAGGAGGAUAUCCCCUUAAAUCAGGACAACCAGAAAGAUGAGAGCAGGGACCUUCAAAAGGUCCAUUUUAAAACAGAAAUUUCAAGAAAGCUCUUUGAGCACUUGAAUGAGGAUCUGUUACAGAAGAUUCUGGUGCCCAUAGAACGUGUCUUAAAAGAGGGACACCUUGAGAAGGAAGAAGUGGAUGAGAUUGUUCUCGUUGGUGGAUCCACACGUAUACCUCGUAUUCGGCAAGUUAUUAGGGACUUUUUUGGCAAGGAGCCCAACACAUCGGUUGACCCUGACCUGGCUGUAGUGACAGGAGUGGCAAUACAGGCAGGAAUUAUGGGAGGCUCAUGGCCUCUUCAAGUCAGCGCAAUAGAAAUACCAAAUAGACAUUUACGAAAAACUAACUUCAAUUAA